AUACCGAGUGGGGUCCGCAAACUAUUAUUUACUCGUAAAUAAUUACGACAAUGUGCGAAGUUGUCGUGAAGCGUUGUAUAACGAAAAACUGCUUUGUUUACAAGUCGUAAACAAUUUAGUAGUUAGUGGCCCUUUGCGCGUUCAUGGCGGUCUCUCAGGCUGGUCUCUUGCCUGAGCCCCACUACUCACACGCUGAAGCCGUCUCCUCCCAAAGCAUCGUGCGUCACGAUGAGCAGCCCCAUCACUCCGCCAAGUUGAUCGCCACUCCCGUUGCCAAACUGGCCGUCGCCGCCCCCGUCGCCUACCAUGCCGCUCCCGCCCCCGUUGUCUAUCACCACGCCGCCGCCCCCGCUCCCGUUGCCUACCACGCUGCUCCCGCCACCCACUACGCCGCCCCCAUCGCUAAGGUCGUAGCUCACCACGAGGAAGAAAUCGCGUACCCCAAAUACGAGUACACGUACUCCGUGGCUGACGGACACACCGGCGACAACAAGUCCCAGCAGGAGACCCGCGAUGGAGAUGUCGUGAAGGGCUCUUACUCUUUCCACGAGGCUGACGGCUCCAUCCGCACCGUGGAGUACACCGCUGACGACCACAACGGCUUCAACGCGGUGGUGCACAACACCGCCCCCACGCACGCGCCCGCCGUCCUCAAGGCCGCUCCCGUCCUCGUCAAGGCUGCGCCCGUCUACUACCACCACUAAAUUGUUAUUUUGAUUAAGAAAUGUUAUUUAUUGUAAAUAUAGAAUACCUGCGAAUGAAACACGAAAAAAGGAUUUUUAAUACAAAU